CGGGAGUACUACGGAUUGCCUAAACUGGCAAAAUACGGUUUCCGUUCACUUAGUGCAGGAAGAAGAGAAGCAAUGGAAGAAAGGAAGAGUUAUCCUACUCCAACAACUUCCACUGCAGAGCCUGGGGUGGUUGUGGCAAAGGCAGUUUCGGGAGCUGGGGUACUACGAAUUGCCUAG